AUGUACAAUCGAAUGCAUACGCCCCAAUCUACGCAAAUGCCCGGAUCUCCGUCGUUUCGUAUUGAUUACGCGGUCGAGCGACACCCACGGAAGUGAACCGAAUAGGAUGGAUUGACGACAUGACGCAAUGUCCCGGCGCCUGUGGAAAGCCUACACGCAACGGGUGAUUCAUUCUGAAGCACCUAGAUGGCUGAGCUUCGCUAGCGUGACACUUUACCGAAACACAAACAUGACUUGUAGUCUAUUAAAAAACAAGUUACCUGCUUUUCUAUAACACUUUUGUUUGCACAUAACUAUUUCCAACAUGAAGCUGCUUCAUAAAGACAUAGAAAAAGACAAUGCCGGUCAGGUGACCCUUAUGCCAGAGGAAGCAGAGGACAUGUGGCACACCUACAACCUGCUGCAGGUGAGGGACAGCCUAAGAGCAUCCACUAUAAGGAAGGUGCAAACCGAGUCCACCACAGGAAGUGUGGGCAGCUCUAGAGUUCGCACUACUCUUACUUUAUGUGUGGAAGCAAUUGACUUCGACUCCCAAGCAUGCCAGCUGAGAGUAAAGGGGACAAACCUGGAGGAGAACCAAUAUGUCAAGUUGGGAGCAUACCACACUAUUGAACUUGAACUUAACAGGAAGUUUACGUUAGCCAAGAAAAACUGGGACAGCGUCGUGCUGGAUAGAAUUGAGCAAGCAUGCGACCCAGCCCAGAAAGCAGAUGUGGCAGCUGUGGUGAUGCAGGAGGGUCUGGCCAAUGUGGUUCUAGUUACACCUGCCAUGACUCUUCUUCGUGCCAAAGUGGAGGUCACCAUUCCCCGAAAGAGAAAAGGAAGCUGCACUCAGCAUGAGAAGGCACUCGAGAGGUUCUACGAGGCUGUGAUGCAAGCAAUUCUACGUCACAUCAAUUUUGAUGUGGUGAAGUGUAUCCUGGUUGGCAGUCCAGGCUUCGUGAAGGACCAGUUCAUCACCUACCUUUAUAAAGAGGCAGUGCGACAGGACAACAAAGUUCUGCUUGAGAAUAGACCUAAAUUUAUGCUGGUCCACGCUUCGUCAGGUCACAAGUAUUCACUCAAAGAAAUCCUGUCUGAUCCCGCCGUGACAAGUAGACUUUCAGAUACUAAGGCAGCUGGAGAGGUGAAAGCCCUGGAGGAUUUCUAUAAGAUGCUGCAGCACGAACCUGACCGAGCUUUCUAUGGCGUUGCCCAUGUGGAGAAAGCUGCCGACGCCCUUGCAGUCGACACCCUGCUUAUAAGUGACAAUACUUUCAGGUACGUGCUGGAAGAAGGAAAAAAAAAAAAAAAAAAAAAGAACAAUUUAAAUUUGCACUGCACCUCCAACCUGUCAACUUAAAUGUGCUUAAAAUGAAAGUACAUCGUUGUGUUUGCACUCAGACAUCAGGAUAUCCCCACGAGAAACCGCUACGUGCGCCUCGUGGACAGCGUCAGAGAUAACGGUGGCACUGUCAGAAUUUUCUCAAGCCUUCAUGUGUCCGGUGAACAACUUACUCAGCUGAGUGGAGUGGCGGCCAUCUUGCGAUUUCCUAUCGCUGAUCUUUCAGAGGACGAAGAAGGGAGCAGCUCGGACGAGGACUGAGCCGCCGAACGGCCG